CUGCAGGCCCCCCAACCCAUGGGAACUAUGCCCUCGCAUGGCCUCCAGGGCAUCUCUAAUGGGCAUCUUCUCCCGCAGGACGAGCUUGUCGCCCACAGAUGACAUCUCCCUGUCCAAAGGAGCAGCACGCCCUAGCCCCAAGCCCAGCAUGAGGCAGCAGAGAUGGUGCUGAGCCUGGAGCCAGUGAGCAGUUUCCCCGUGCUGGCUACAACAGGCAGCACCAUGCCUGAGCUGCCUGGUGGCCCCAAUGCUUCUCUCAACAGCUCAUGGGCCAGCCCGACAGAGCCCAGCUCCCUGGAGGAUCUGGUGGCCACGGGUGCCAUCGGGGCGGUGCUCUCAGCCAUGGGCAUGGUGGGUGUGGCAGGCAACAUGUACACACUGGUGGUCAUGUGCUGCUUCCUGCACGCCUCGGCCCCCAUGUAUGUCUACAUCGUCAACCUGGCGCUGGCCGACCUACUUUACCUGCUCAGCAUCCCCUUCAUCGUGGCCACCUACAUCACCAAGGAGUGGCACUUCGGCGACGUGGGCUGCCGCGUCCUCUUCAGCCUGGACUUCCUGACCAUGCACGCCAGCAUCUUCACCCUGACCAUCAUGAGCAGCGAGCGCUAUGCUGCGGUGCUGAGGCCGCUAGACAUGGUGCAGCGCCCCAAGGGCUACCGCAAGGUCCUGGCACUGGGCACAUGGCUGCUGGCGCUGCUGCUGGCGCUGCCCAUGAUGCUGGCCAUCCGGCUGGUCCGCAGGGGCCACAAGAGCCUCUGCCUGCCGGCCUGGGGCCAGCACGCCCACCGCACCUACCUGACGCUGCUCUUCGGGACCAGCAUCUUGGGGCCUGGCGUGGUGAUUGGGCUGCUCUAUGUCCGCCUGGCCCGGGCCUACUGGCUGUCACAGCAAGCCUCCUUCACGCAGACACGGCGGCUGCCCAACCCAAGGGUGCUCUACCUCAUCCUGGGCAUCGUGCUGCUCUUCUGGGCCUGCUUCCUGCCCUUUUGGCUGUGGCAGCUCCUCACCCAAUACCGUGGGGCCCAGCCACUCACGCCCCGCACUGCGCGCAUCGUCAACUACCUGACCACCUGCCUCACCUACGGCAACAGCUGUGUGAACCCCUUCCUCUACACACUGCUCACCAAGAACUACCGCGAGUUCCGCCAGCGCUCGCUCCAGGCCAGGGUCGCCCGUGGGCCCGCAGGCGCUGGCAGCUUCCCGGAGUGCCGAGUCCGCUUCCACCGUGGCUCGGGUCGCUCGCUGUCCUCCAGCAGCCAGCAGGCCACUGAUACCGUCAUGCUAUCCCAGGAGGCCCUUGGGGACGUCUGCACCUGAGUGUCCCUGGGCCCCACAUGGCACUGGGGUCAGUGGGGUGGGGGUGGCUGGAGUUCUGCUGGGAGGGGCCGCAGAGCCCAGGUCACUUCCUGGAGCCCCUCUUAGCCCCCCACAGCCCACAACUGAGUGCCCCCCUUCCUCAGUCCUCUUCUGGAAAGUUCUGUGCUCUCCC